GCCUAUGCGCCGGAAGAAGCGGAGCCCUGCCCAGGCCUGCCUGCCCGCUCGGUUUGCCAUCCUGCAAGAGGCUUCAGGUACAUUUAUCCAUCUUUCUAUGAAAAAGCUAAAAUGGCUUCUAGAGGAAAGACAGAAACAAGUAAAUUAAAACAGAACUUAGAAGAACAAUUGGACAGACUAAUGCAACAGUUACAAGAUCUGGAAGAAUGCAGAGAAGAGCUUGAAGCAGAUGAAUAUGAAGAAACCAAAAAAGAAACUUUGGAACAGCUGGGUGAAUUCAAUGAUUCGUUGAAGAAAAUUAUGUCUGGAAACAUGACUUUGGUAGAUGAACUUAGUGGGAUGCAACUGGCCAUUCAAGCAGCCAUCAGCCAGGCCUUUAAAACACCAGAAGUUAUCAGAUUGUUUGCAAAGAAACAACCUGGGCAACUGCGGACAAGAUUAGCAGAGAUGGACAGAGACCUAAUGGUUGGAAAACUGGAAAGAGAUGUGUACACCCAACAGAAGCUAGAGAUCCUGACCGCCCUGCGGAAACUUGGAGAAAAGCUGACUGCCGACGAUGAGGCCUUCCUGUCCACCAAUGCAGGUGCUGCUCUCAGCCAGUUUGAGAAAGUCUCCACCGAUCUUGGUUCUGGGGACAAAGUCCUUGCUUUGGCAAGUUUUGAAGUAGAAAAAAACAAAAAAUGAGGAGGAGCCAUGUAGAAUCCCUGGGCAUUGGUCACGGUACAAAUGGCACAUUUCUGUUUUCUACUGCGGAUCUAAAGUCAUCUCUGAGAACUCUUAAGAGAACCUGGAACCACAUUACCGGCAUGGGAAAAAUGUAAUGGGCACCCUGUGCUUCACUCUGUUUGGGCCUGGGGGAGAGAGGCCACAUGGACGGGUGGAUAGAUGAUCAGUCUCAUUAAAAAACACACACACACCUUAUGCUAGAAGGGUCUGUGGAAGGAAGCAGAGAUGAGGGAGGAAGGCACGUGUUCGCCAUUAGUCUGAAUUUCUCUGUACGUCUCUGCUCAGGUUCCUUGUUGGCUUAGACUGACAGUGAGUGGAGACUCCCAGUAACAACAGCUUUCUUCCCUCUUCCAGCUGUCCCCUCUCCAUGCUGUAUUGGCUUACUGCUUUUUCCAUAUCCUUAGGACUUCCCGGUUCAAGGGACCUCAGUGAGCUUGCCAACUUUUCCUAUUCCAGAGGAAGAAAAUGGAGAUCUAAAGGAGAGAAAUGAUUUAUUCAAAGUUAGUGGCAGUCACGAUUAGAAUCCAGAUCUCCAGACUCUCAGCUUGUCUCUUCCUACUACACCAUGCUGCCUUCAGUGCCCUCUGGAAGUGAUAUCUAUAGUUAUAGAGUUUUACUCUGUACAAUUUAAGGAAAGUGUUUUGGAAACCUGACUUUUUUGAAAACUCUCCCGGCAAAGAACAGAGCAUCCCAGCAGCCUGUGUGCUCUCCAUAUGAAUGGAAGCCAUUGUAGUUCUGAAUUUUGAGCAGGGAACAAUGGGGGCUCUGUUGGUGGGAGCCUCCUGGAGUCACCGAGAACCUCCUGCAUUGUCUCACCAGGGAAUCAAUAGGCAAUGGCAUCACAAGGACUGCCCUCGGUGACCUGUGGCUUAAUCCUGCGCCAGUCAACUGGGAGCUGCCCCUCCUUCCCUGGUUUUCCAGGACCAGCCUGAGCCCUUGGGCACAACACACCAAGCCCGUCUGGCUGUGUUGGUGUUGAAGUGUGUGCACAUGUGCUCACCUUUUUCAUCCCCUUGUCUGGUGCCAUUCUCAACUCUCUGUUUCCCCGACUUCAUUUUCUUUGCACAUCAUACAAAACACCAACUUGUCUGUGAAGCUUCUUAUAUUCUUUAACCUGCUCCUUUGUUGAUGGAUAGGAGAAGUUAUGCCUUCUUCAGAACCAGUAGUACAAAUUACUGCUUUUUGGGGCUCCUGGUUUGUGGCUUCCAGUCCCAUUUACCCACACAGACACCCCACUCCCCAGCCCUGAUGAACUUGUGGCUAGUGUGCAGAAGCACCUGCUCUUCACCAUCUGCUUUUGUCCUGUCCCGGGGUCUUCCUCAACAGGCUGCUUUUUUAGCUAUUAUCCUUGCAAGAAAAUGAAGAACAGAUUCUGUCCAACCCUCUUGGGUUUUUUGUUUUGUUUUGUUUUCAAACCAAGUCAUGACCUUCUAAGACAUAACUUGGCUUUAAUUAUUUUGAUCUCAGGUUUGAACACAUGUAAUUUGAAGCUGAUUUUCCUUUAAAAUGACUUUAGUUAGACAGCUGAUUGAAGUGGCCAAGUUUGUGAUGUCCAGAGGAGCAAUUGGCCCUGAGGCCUGACCUGCCCACCUCUUACAUGAGGUGAAAUCUUUACCACUGGCAAACUUCCUACACAGGAUUGGUAGUGAGCACUCCUCAAUGUCUGCCCAGGGUGGAAUGGAGUAGGAAAUUUGAGAGAUGGUGUGUUGCUUAGUAGUUCUAUCCUUUGGGGAUGAGUGCUCCCCAAUAUUUGCCCAGGAAAUUGUUUCAGAGAUAGUAUAUUACUUAAUGGUUCUGUGCCAUGAGCUCUGCUGAGGAUCUGGUAUUCAUUAAAUAAGUAAAUAAUACUUGAAAAGUAAAUAAUAUCCUAUGCAAAUCAGACGUUGGCAAUUUUCUGGUUACUUGUAUGUGUCUAUCCAUGUGUGAGUUUUAGUCAUUUCUGGGGAGGAGAGGGUCCUAUUUCUUGUUAAAAAAAAAAAACAACUAACUCCCUUUGAAAGUCUUAAGUGUGCCUAGAGCUUGGGCGUGCCCUCCAACAUUGAAUCAGGACCCUCAGUGGUGCACUUCUAGGUAUCUCAGCUGAAGAAAGGCUUGCCCAUAUUAUUUCCCAAAUGAGCUGGAUUUUAAACAAAAUCCAAAAAACUUUAAGAUGAACAAAUCUCGGCCUUUUGUGUUUUGCCAUUUAAAAAAAAAAAAUGGCAUAAAAAACAUUUUAUCCUAGAGAGGUAAGCAGGGCCAGGGAAGCAUUUGGGCAGUGAGUCAGAGGUCAUGGUAAGAAUAGGGUCAGAGGGUGGGGAACAAGUCCACCAAAAUUCAAGCUCCUUGCUAUUAUUGUGAGACCUUUAGCUGAGGAUAUGCCGCCAGGGAAGUCAUCCCCGAGACAAAACAUUGAGCAGCCCCAGUUCUGAAAGAGGAUUUUAGGGUGCCUGAUGCUGGGUCUGAAAUUAUUAUAGAGAAAAUUCCAAACCCUCCAGUCAUUCUGCCUGAAACAUCAAUAACAACCUCCUUGUCACUCUCAUUAUUAUUGUUAUUAUUAUUAAAGCCUAAGAAUUCUCAUUUUCCAACAUUAAUAUGUAAAUGUAAACUAUCAGUAUUCCCACAGACCUCCCAAACCAAGCGAGCUGUACAAUAUAAUUGCUUCCAGUCUCUGGAGCCCUGGAAACAGGCGGGCUUGGGGCAUUGAAGAAAAAUAAAUAACUCAACAACUAGGAUUUCACAUUUCUCUUGAUUUGGAAAUAAACUUUUUUAAAAAUCCCA